AUGUCCAGAGUUUUAUUUGAGCACAUGACCGGUCGGUAUUUGGUCUCGUGGAACACAAUGAUUGCUGCAUAUGGAAUGCAUGGAAGAUGUGUCCAGGCUCUCAAAUUGUUUGACCAAAUGAAAAAGGAGAAUGUUGUGCCUGAUGACUUAACCUUCAGAUCAGUACUUGCCGCCUGUAGUCAUUCUGGCUUGGUAGAAGAGGGUCUGCAUAUUUUUAGAUCCAUGAAAGAAGAGUAUUCAAUGAUUCCAUCGGAAGAACAUUAUGGGUGUGUGAUAGACUUAUUAAGUAGAGCAGGACGGCUUGAAGAAGCUUAUGAUUUGCUGCAAUGUCUGCCACCAAGACAAAGUGCUUCUGCACUUGGUGCUUUGCUUGCUGCUUGCAGAGUUUAUGGAAAUUCUGAGAUGGGGGAAACUGUGGGAAGCGGUGAAGUGUUGGAAGAGCUCGAUCCGCAUAUAUUGGAUGUGAGGAAGGAGAGGUUUCGGAAUUUGGCAAAGAAUCGGAGCUAUUCAGUGUGUUUGUUGGUUGAGGGAUUGUGUGAUUUCGGGAAUGUUUCUGCAACAUUUUGGUCAGUGGAUGCGCUAGGGUUCCAGUCAGUUCAUGUUGUGCCCUGUGACAGCUCGAAAAGGUACGGAGACAAUCGUCAUGUGAGCAUGGGAGGUGAGAAAUGGUUAGAUAUCAAACUUUGGAACUCUACCGAGCGGUGCUUCAAAGUUUUAAAAUCACGUGGUUAUCGUAUUGCCACAACGCAUGUGGGAAUGGAUGCGGUUUCCAUUUAUGAUAUGGACUGGUCAUGCCCAACCGCAAUAGUUGUUGGAAAUGAAAAUAGGAAAGACAAAAGAUAUUAUACCAGUUCUGGUUGUGGUUUAUCUAGCCCGUAUAUAAGACUCAGAAUACCAGUGAAGUAGGUUGACUCGAACAUGUUUUCAAUGCUUGAAUAACAUCAUAGCUGGUAAGCUUAUAUUGCAUUCAGUAGUGUUUCUCCGAAACGCGAACUUGAGCACAUGUUUUGCUAUGUGGAGUAACGUAAACCUUUUUUUGGGAGUAUAAUCAUCUUAAUCAAAAGUUACAAUUUGAAAUUGGUGAAUUUCUGAUCCCAGUGGGAUAAGCAACGAGGCUCUGGAGUUGUCAGAUCUGCAUUGCAGUAUUCCUAUGAAAGGCAUGGUGGAUUCUUUCAAUGUUUUUGUUGCUGCUGGCAUUCUCAUGCACCAUGCCGUCUGUGACAGGACUUCUCGCUUGUGGAUGAUCAGUUGCUAUACAG